AUAUCCUGCCAAAGAAGAUGAAGAAAAACAGAGAAAGAUUCUGUAGCAGAGAGAGGGAAUUUGUGUAUAAAUUCAAAAUAGGAAGUCAGUGCUUAGAACUGAGGGUGCCCCUCAAAUUUCCUGUUCAAGAGAAUGUCAGUUACUUACAUGGGCGCCUGAUGCUGCUGCACAGCUUGCCAUGCUUUAUAGAAAAAGACUUAAAAGAAGCUCUGAGCCAGUUUAUAGAAGGAGAAUCCCUCAGAGAUUAUGAUAGAGAGGCUGAAGCAUCGCUGGAAGCUGUGAAAUCAGGUGAAGUAGAUUUACAUCAUCUGGCAAGUACAUGGGCCAAAGCUUACGCUGAGACCACAUUAGAGCAUGAGCCUGAAGAGCCCAGCUGGGAUGAAGAUUUUGCAGAUGUGUACCAUGACCUAAUUCAUUCUCCUGCCUCUGAAACGCUCCUAAAUUUGGAACAUAAUUACUUUGUUAGUAUCUCAGAACUGAUUGGUGAAAGAGACGUGGAGCUGAAAAAAUUACGAGAGAGACAAGGUAUUGAAAUGGAAAAAGUGAUGCAAGAGUUGGGAAAAUCACUGACAGAUCAAGAUGUAAAUUCACUGGCUGCUCAGCAUUUUGAAUCCCAACAAGACUUAGAAAAUAAAUGGUCAAAUGAAUUAAAACAAUCGACUGCCAUCCAAAAACAAGAGUAUCAGGAAUGGGUGAUAAAACUUCAUCAGGACCUAAAAAACCCCAACAACAGUUCCCUCAGUGAAGAAAUUAAAGUUCAACCAAGUCAGUUCAGAGAAUCAGUAGAACCAAAUGGAAGGAUUUAUGAGGAACAGAGAAAGUUAGAAGAAAGUUUUACCAUUCACUUAGGAGCUCAGUUGAAGACCAUGCAUAAUUUGAGAUUGCUAAGAGCAGACAUGCUGGAUUUCUGUAAGCACAAAAGAAAUCAUCGAAGUGGUGUGAAACUCCAUCGACUCCAGACAGCGCUGUCACUUUAUUCCACAUCUCUCUGUGGCCUGGUUUUACUAGUAGAUAAUAGAAUUAAUUCAUAUAGUGGUAUUAAAAGAGAUUCUGGAAACCGAAAUGGAGGAAGUGAAGAUAAGUCUAAAAAUGCUGAUAGAAACUAUUUAAAUAUUUUACCUGGAGAAUUUUACAUUACACGGCAUUCUAAUCUCUCAGAAAUCCAUGUUGCUUUUCAUCUUUGUGUGGAUGACAAUGUGAAAUCUGGAAACAUCACUGCUCGCGAUCCUGCCAUUAUGGGACUCCGAAACAUCCUCAAGGUUUGCUGCACCCACGACAUCACAACAAUAAGUAUUCCUCUCUUGCUCGUGCAUGAUAUGUCAGAGGAAAUGACUAUACCAUGGUGCUUAAAGAGAGCAGAACUUGUGUUUAAGUGUGUCAAAGGUUUCAUGAUGGAAAUGGCUUCAUGGGAUGGAGGAAUUUCUAGGACAGUGCAAUUUCUGGUACCACAGAGUAUUUCUGAAGAAAUGUUUUACCAACUUAGUAACAUGCUUCCCCAGAUCUUCCGAGUAUCAUCAACACUUACUCUGACAUCCAAGCACUAAACCCUUAUAUAUCACCAUGCUGGCAGAAGAGGAUUGUUAACCUCUCCAGGAACUUGAGCUCUGCUGGGAUUCUGUCAAGCAAAGAUGCCCAGAAAGAGAACUUGCGACCCAAGCCACAAAUCAAAUCAUGAUAGAUAUCUGUUAAACAUUCCAAAGACUCAUCUACCGUACAGGCUGAUGAUCAGCCCCUGAUGUAUACAUUUAUUGUUAAAGUCUCUAUGAAAAAAAAAAAUGUCUUUUCCUAUUGUCGUAUCCUAUCUGUGAAUAAUAGUAGGUUUAAACUUCCUAUAUUUCGUGCAAGGACACUUGAUGUAGGAGAGUGUUCACUGCAUUUUCAUAAAGACAUUUGUCUUUUCCCAAAGGUAUGAAUCAUAUCAGGUACAAGACUUAAUUAAGCAUACAAAUAAAAUCUUUCCUCUAUCUUAUUUGCCAAGUGAAAAUUAAAAAGCACUGAAAUAUACAUUACA